GAUCAGUUCCGGCAGCAUAUUGAUAAAACAAUACGUCUCAACUUCUAUAUACACUAUGGCAAAAGCCGAACUACCAACAUGGAGUUCAUCAAGGAGCAAGAUGUUGUUAUUACAACUUACCACACAGUGAUAGGCAGAUUUCAAGAAAGCCGAUAA